GCUGCUCCUCCUCCUCCUCCUCUUCCUCUCCUCUCCUGAACGCUGAUGUGUUACUAACUUCAGACUACAACUCCGACUAAAAAUGUUCAAUUUCGGAUCCAAAGUGCUUCUUCUGCUCCUCCUGGCCUUCCCCUGUGGACUAAUAUCCAUCGGCCAGGUCUCUGCAGACUCCGACUCUGCUGAGGACGUUGUUGAGGACCCAGAUGCUGCAGUAGAUGAGGAGGAAGAUGAUGAAGAGGUGCUCGUUGAGGAAGAUCAGAUAGUACCCUCGGAGGCAGAAGAAGAGGACGCAGAUGAAGGAGCUGAUAAAGGGUUAUUGUCUCACCCCGACGCCGACACCACCAUCCUCUUCACGACAGGAGAAGAGUUUCCUGCCAAUGAGAUUGUGAGGUUCAUGGUGGGUUUCACCAACAAGGGAAGUCAGGAAUUCACCGUUCAGUCGUUGGAGGCCUCUUUCCGUUACCCCCAAGACUUCCAGUUCUACAUCCAGAAUUUCACAGCGUUGCCUCUGAGCACCGUGGUGCCGCCCCAGGCUCAGGCCUCCUUCGAGUAUUCCUUCAUCCCAGCUCAGCCCAUGGCCGGUCGCCCGUUUGGUCUCGUUAUCCUCCUCAACUACCUUGACACUGAGGGCAACGUGUUCCAGACCGCCAUCUACAACCAGACUGUCAACAUCAUUGAGCUAGAAGAUGGACUGGACGGAGAAACGAUGUUCUUGUACAUCUUCAUGGUUGGACUGGCGUCCCUUGCGCUCUUUGGCAUCUACCAGUUCCUGGAGACGAGGACGAAAAAGAGACUCUCAGUGAAAAUCGAGAAGGGCACCGGUGGGAUGAGCGACGUGGACAUCAGCUGGAUUCCUCAGGAGACUCUCAAUGUCAUGAACAAGGCUUCCCCUAAACCAUCUCCACGGAAACGAUCCAACAGGGCAGCUGGAACCGAUCAAUAAAACUGUCCGUCUCCAUCCAUCAUCAUGCCGUCCAUCAGGCUUUCAAAGCUCAUUUCCUCACCGCAAGUAACCCGAUUCCAAUGGAGCAACAUUUCCAGCCUGAGCAAUGCGUUUAAGAUCCUCUCACUCUGCUGCUCUGCUGGAACCACGACCAUCCUGGACUCUACUGCUCUGAUCAGAGCUGACCACUGAUACACUAACAGGACAGUUCAGUUUAAAGGGACUUUUUUAGUUUGUGUGUGAAAGGUGAUAAAAGAUGAACCAAAAAGUCAUUAAACUUUUUAUGGGAAAACGAGGAGAUUGUGGUACAAAAGAAAGCUGAAUACACCAACCUGCUGCCUGUAUGAAUGCUGUCAAGUCCUAAUGAUUGCAUUGGUGUUUAAUGACAUUUAAUUUUGAGAUUUGUUUUUUGGAUUUUUAGGCUUCAAACUAUUCCUAUUUCAUGUGUUGAGUAAGGUGAAUCCCCCUCCUCUCUAUCAUGUAAACACCAUUGUGCCUUAUGUAUCUGCGGCCCCUGCAAACACUUGGUGUUAAGACAAAAGUAGAUGCAAUUGAUUAAAAGGUUUCCCACUGAUACCCCUCUGCUUUUAACAUCCAGUAAACACAUAGCCUGAGGUUUUCAGUGGAGCAAUGGCAGCUGCAAUUACCACAAACAUUAAACAGUGUUCUCUGGAGGUUUCUGCAGGUUAGUUUACCUGUUGGUUUUUUUUUCACUUUACCGUUGUAAUGUGACUUUUCCUUGGUGGAGCUUUCUAAACUCUUUACUAAGUGCCGGUGGCGCAGUCUGUCAGAUUGCAUGCCGUUACUUUUGGGAAAAAAUAUGUUCUCAAUGACAAUAAAAGGGUGAACAAAU